GACAGUUAUCUGCAAUAUUCAGUCCAGAAGCUGUUACAUAAACCUUGCAGAGGCAACACCAGAACACACCUCAAUGAAAUGAAGAAAUGUACACAAAAUUAAGAUUGGCCAGGAAUGCAAAAACGCACUGGGAGGUGCUGAAAGGUGCUGAAAUCUAUUUGCACCCCAUUCCACGUGAUUGGCACAGCUUGACAGUGAUUGACAGGAAUUCAUGGCAACUACGCAAUCAAUCUGCCAGGUCCAAUAGAAAAUCAGACAAGGACAGAGCGUCUUUUUCCCCCUCCUCAAAAAUAUCGCCGCUCUUGCGCUAUAUUCUCGCUCACUUCAGCUCUCUAUAUCGCCUUUCGAGGCUUAUACACUCGGCCAAGUGUGGCACCAUCCAUUUCUCCUCAGCAUCAUCUAACGGUUCGCCUCCUUUCUCCGCCAUUGCUUUCCUGCCUGUCUGCAUUCGGGAGGGAGUGAGACGGAGAGGCAUCAUAACGAAAGACGGAGCACCUCGAGGCGGGGGAAAAAGUGCAGCCUUCAUGUUUCAGUUGCCAAUGCUGAAUUUCAGCCCCCAGCAAGUAGCGGGGGUGUGUGAGACUCUGGAGGAAAGCGGCGACAUCGAGCGCCUCGGUCGGUUCCUGUGGUCGCUGCCUGUGGCGCCCGCUGCCUGUGAGGUACUAAACCGGAACGAGUCGGUGCUGCGAGCGCGCGCCAUCGUGGCCUUCCACACUGGCAACUUCCGCGAGCUUUACCACAUCGUGGAGAACCACAAAUUCACCAAAGACUCUCAUUCGAAAUUGCAAGCGCUGUGGCUUGAGUCGCACUACCGGGAAGCGGAAAAGCUUCGGGGCCGCCCGCUAGGGCCGGUAGACAAAUACAGGGUGCGGAAGAAGUUUCCACUCCCCAAAACUAUUUGGGACGGAGAACAAAAGACGCACUGCUUCAAAGAAAGGACCAGACAUUUGCUGCGGGAAUGGUAUCUGCAGGACCCUUAUCCCAACCCCAGCAAAAAGAGGGAGCUUGCACAAGCUACUGGACUUACUCCUACUCAAGUGGGCAACUGGUUUAAAAACCGAAGACAAAGGGACAGAGCAGCAGCCGCGAAGAACAGGUUACAACAGCAGGUGUUGACUAACGGCUCGGUUACGGCGGAGGACGGCGCAGCGGAUCGGCUCGGUAACGCGUCCAGCCCGGAAGCCGGUCUGUCAAGCCAAGCUGCUGCUUCCGCCAUCUCCAUCACGUCGAGUGACAGCGAAUGUGACAUCUAACGCCGCGGCAGGAGCCUCCCCGCGGGAGCAAGACGCAAAAAUUAACACAUUAACGAAGGAAUUGGAGACAGACAAUCAUCAAGACAAACAAGCACAUCGGUGCCUGCCUUAACGUAUUAAAGGCUUUGUUUUUGUUAUUAUUGGAUGGCUUUCAAAAGAGCCAGAGAUAAACGGAAUUCUCUAUCUUUAAAAAUGUAUUUAUCAUCUUUUCCAUAACCAAGUGUGAAAUACACGAAGAGAUCCGCGGGAAUAGAAAGAGAGAGAGAGAGAGAGAGAGAGAGAGAGAGAGAGAGAGAGAGAGAGAGAGAGAGAGAGAGAGAGAGAGAUCCUCUUGUUCGUGUUCAAAUGACAGUAAUCGAAAUCGGAUACAUGGGAGAAAUAUGAACACCACAAAACAACAACCCUUUUUGUUUGCUUUCAGAAGGACUUCAUGUUGAGUCGACAUUUUUUUAAAGAUGUUUACGUAUUAAAAUUCGUGGCUCUAAUAGAAACGUUGAUUUGCUUUCUUAUUUCAAGUCCGAUCGUUUUUGGUGUAAAUCUUUGGGCUUUUAGAGCGCGAUGAAUAGUGGACGUAUGUUUGAUUUAACUAAGGACGUUAAGUUAAUAAAAUGUUUGAUGAACAAAAACCUAUUGUC